AUGGUUGAACAUGUAGAAAAGGAUAGAAGCCUAACACAAGAAUGUGAUAUUUCUACAAUUAAUGGAUAUUUUCAAUGUUUAAUAUGUCCAUACAGCACUAAUUUAAAAGCAAACUUUCAAUUACACACUCGUACAGACAAACACCUUCAACGUGUUCAAAUGAUUAAUCAUUUACGAGAAGGAAUUACUGGACUUUUUGGACAAUCUGAACAAUUUGCAAGACUUGGAACACUUAAAAGUGCUGUUCAAGUACGAUGUCAGGAAUGCGAAGAAAUAUUUUCUUGUAUUACAACACUUCGAGAACAUUGCCAAUCUUAUUCACACCAAAUUCGAAUGAUUGGAAGUGGUAGAUGUUUACAAAAUGAAAUUGAAAAUGUUUUGGAAUCUUUUUUGAGUGAAUUGUCUUUAAGUUGUGGGAUUUGUGAUUGGGAAGAGAGUGGAAAUGAAAAAAUAAUUUCUUUAGCUUUUGGUUUCUAA